UUUAUUAUAACUAUAGUUCUGUGCCUUACUAGUUAACUAUUUCUAUAUCUAUUUUUAUAACUACUACCACGACGAUUCCUCCUACUCCCCAACAAAAUAAUACCUCGAACAAAAAGAUGGAUUCUCGUUCAUCAAAUAUAACUCCUGAGAGUAUAGGUUCACCAUUAUCAAGUUUUUAUUAUCCUCAUUUAUCACCUUAUUCAACCACUAGUGAUACUAGUGCAAACAGUAUAUUUUCAGUUCCAUCUCCUAAUGGUCUUCAUCUAACUCCUGAAGAAGAACAAUUAUUACUACAAACGGCUCAACUCCACUAUAAUAAUGAUAAUGAUAAUGAUAAUCUUAAUGCUAUUGCAAAUGAAAAUUUUAACUUUAACUUACCCUUACCUCCUGCUCCUGUCUCCUUACCAUCUUCUGUGAUACCUGAAUCUCAACCUCAACCUCAACCUCAACCCGAAAUUCAAUCUCGUAAGUCUACCCUGCCAAGAAAAGCUAAAAAGGAAACUUCUAAACGUAAACCUAAAAUCACUCCUAAAGCUGAACCUGGUACAUCUAGUAAGAGAAAGAAGUCAAUACUUGGAUCUUCAACAACUAAUGAAAAAUCUUCAAGAUCAAGAUUUGGUUGUGAAGAAUGUAAAUCAAAAAGAAUUAAAUGUGAUGAAACAAAACCAAGAUGUUCAAGAUGUAAAUCAAGAGGUAUAAAAUGUAACUAUAAAAUUAUUCUUAAAUUUAGAGAAGAUCUUGAACAUCAAGGUAAAAAAUUCGGUAGAGAAGGAGUUUGGUUUAAACAAAAGGAAAAUGCUAAUAAUGCUCAAUCAUCAACUGAUUUAAUAUUAAAAUCAAAAUCAUCUUAUUAUAAGAAUAUUAAAAAUAUAAAUCGGUUAAAAUUUAUUAAUUUCUUUUAUCAAGAUCUUGUUAGAAAUAAGAAUUAUUAUGCAACUUAUAGAUUGACAUGUUCUUUACAAUCAUCAAUUAUUCCUGUUGAUAUUCUUAAUUCUAAUUUAAUUAGUGAAGAUCCUUCAAGUUUAAAUUUUGCUUUAACUUAUUACAUUAACUUUAUUUCUCCAAUCUUAAAUCCAGUUGGAAAUCAAACAAAAUAUUUUAAUUUAACUUCAAAAAGUUCCAAUAAAUAUAUUAUGGUUCAAAAGGGUCUUGAUUUAUCAUCAUUGGUUCAAUAUUCUCAAAAUAAUAAUAACCUUUUUUAUUUAAUAUUAUCUCUUGGUUCAAUUUAUUUAUCAAAAUUAAAUGGAAGUAAUAUUGAACAAGAUUGGUUUGGUAAAUCAAAAAUAUUUCAAGAAUUAGGUAUAAAUAAAAUAAAGCAUGAUUUAGAUAAUUUAUUCCUUCAUGAAGAUUCUCCUAAAAUUCCUGAAAAAAUCUUUAAAACUGAUGUUUUACUUUCUUUGACAUUACUUAUCCUUUAUGAAUUAGCUAAUGAUUGUAAUCCUCAAUGGACAGUAUAUUUAAAGAUGUGUAAGAAAAUCUUACAUUCUACUAAAUUUAAUUUACCAAAGGAUUCUCUUGAAUAUUCCCUUUUAAAAUUCGCAUUAGAAUUUUUAGAUUAUCAAGAAUCAAUUGGUAGAACUGCUUGUAAAGAUGAAAAUUCAUUUUUCUUAGCUUUUGAAGAAGAAGCAGAGAAAGAACAUUCUCCUGAAGUUGAAUUUUCAAAUCAAAUAAUUAAAAAUUCAGAAUCUCCAAAUAUAUUAGAAGAAAAACCAAUAGAACAUAUAACUUUAGUAUCUUGGAUGGGAUGUGAUAAGAGAUUAAUGCAAGUUAUUUCAGAUAUAACUGAUUUAUCCUUUGAAAGGUAUAAUGCCCAUAUGUCUGAAAUUAAUUAUUUAUUGUUAUGUCAAGAUAUGCGUCAAAGAUUAGAUAAUAUGAGUCUUAAUAUGAUGGAUUCACUCUUAUUUGAUAAAUCGUCAUAUUCUAAAUCAAGUUCAAUAUCAACUGAACCUGCUACUCCACAUGAAGCUGAAAUGUGUUUAAUUGAAUCUGAAAUGGAAGUUGAAGAAUUUUGUUUCUUAUUAUCUUGUGAGAUCAAGAGAUUAGCUACCAUUAUUUAUUUGGAGAGUUGUCUCUUAAAUAAAGGUCCAGAAGAUGAAUUGAUUCAAAGAUUGGUGAGGCAAAUAUUUACUUUAUUGGAAUUUAUUGUCAUCAAAAAUGAUUUCAAAUGGUAUUCUACUUUAAUCUGGUCUGUAUUUAUUGCAUCUUCAGAAAUAAGUUCUCUUGGUGAAGAAUCAGAAGAAUUAAGAUAUUUAACUUUACAAAUUUUAGAUUUAUUAGAAUCUAAUACUUUGGGUAAUAUUGGAAGAACCAGAAAAAUCAUUAUGGAUAUUUGGAAGAGAAGAGAUUUAGAUCAUAGUGAUGAAAAUAGUUUUGGAUACGUCAGAAAAUCUAUUGAAGAUAAUGGAUCUGUUGCUAAACCAGGAUUAUAUUUGGGAUUCCAAAAUGAUUGGGAAAAAUAUGUAGUCGAUGAAGACUAUGCUAUCUCUUUGGCUUGAGGGGAGUUUUUAAUGGGGAUUGAGCCCUAAUUUAAUGUUAUAAUGAAUAUUUUUAUUUCACUUCUACAAAUUUAUCUAUCGCUUUAUGAACAAAAAUAUGUGUUGACUAACCAAAAAAGUAUCCAAGACAAGAAAAAUAUAGAUAGUGAAAGUGUUGGUAGAAUAU